AAGCACAGAAGAUAAUAGAAAAACUGAAGAUUGAAGAAGAAGAAGAAGAAGAAGAAGAAGAAGAAGAGGAGAGAGAGAGGGAGAUAAAAAUGGGGAAGACGAAGAAGCAAUUAUUAUCAUCAGCACCAUGGAGAGAAGAAGAGAAUCCAUCUGAUAAAUUCAAAGAUGCAAAGCUCAAAGUCAUCAAUCAACCUGGUAGUACUCCUACUAUGCAUGUUCCUGGUAAAAAGAAGAACUCUCUCUCCUCCAACAAUGGCGCUGAUGAUGAUGAUGAUUCUCUCUCCGAUAUUGACCCCCAACUUCGUUACAGUUUCCAGCGCAACUAUCAGUUUCUUCAGCGGGUGUUUAGCAUUGACACCCUUGUCAAACCCCUCCCUCCAGUGAUGGCGUAUAAUGUUUCUCGCAACUUGAGCUUCUUCACUCGUAUUUUCACUCAGUUUUUUGAUCCGGAAGGCAUCUCAAAUGCUCAAAAAUCGCUUGGACUUGGACAAGAAGAGAAGGUUCGACGUGUUCGUUAACCAGAAGAAAUGCAUGUGAAUAGCAUGUUUUUUGCACGAAUUCCUUUUUAUUGUCACUUAAGCAAGCUUUCUUUGUUGCUUAACAACUGGAGGGAGUCAGGGAGGUGUGGAUGAUAUAUUAUUACAUUAUAUCUUGUGCUGAAUUCCAUUUUUAUUAAAUCUUAAUGUUGAGAAGAUCUUAUUUUGAUCUUUCGGAUCUGU